UCUGAGUGCGUGCACCGUGACGGCUCCACUCCGUCAGUUAUUAAGAGUGCAAGCCUGGGAAUGCUGGGCACCCCGUGGCUGGAAUAAGAGAGCUGCACACUGAAGUGGGAAAUGGCAGAUAUAGGCUGGUGGUGAGGAAAGUCCAGGACUGCCAGUGUGUGUUCAGAUACCUACUUUCACAAUGGAUGCCAUAACAGGUGGAGGAUUCUCGAAGGUGAAAGACGCUGAUGAGGAAAUUCAGACAAUCUGUGAUGAGGUUAAGUGUCAAGUAGAGGAAAAAAGAAAUGAAGCAUAUGCCGUGUUCAAAGCUGUUCAGUACAAGAGUCAAGUGGUGCAAGGAAUCAACUAUGACAUCAAGGUUCAUGUAGGAGGAGACAGCUACCUUCAUCUGCAGGUCUGGAAGAAGCUUCCAUGUUAUGGAGGAGAAGCCGUAGUUACUGGUGUGGAAGACCAUCAUGACAAAGAUCCCAUCCAACCUUUUUAAUGAAUCACACUUUGUAUUUCAGCUGCUCUCUGCCUCCAAGCUGCUGCCUCAUGACAUGUGCUGUUUUAUUAUCCUGAAAGAAAAAACUGCAAUAAUGCUCCUUCAGAAGUUAAAGUUAUAAUCAAUAUAUUAAAAAUCUUUAUUUCUACACAUAUAUAACUGACUGGAGUUCAUCAUUUGAAACAUUAAAAGUUGAAUUCUGUAAAAAACUAAAUGAUUGUGAUCGUU